UCUGGGGGGAUUACCGCGCCAAUCACGCCAAAGAGAAGGACCGAGCUGCUUGCAACGCGGAUCCACAUCAGCAUCCAGCCAGAACAUUUGAGGAUGCUUCCCCAUCCGAGGAGGAAAGUUGCUCCAUCUUUUUCGCUGAGAUCGUCAUGCGACUCUGGCAGAAAAUUACGGAUAUGAGUGGGCUUUAUUGUUAAUGAGCAGCCAAUGGAGGAAGAGAAACUGGAAGAGGAAAUUGAACCAGGACCCAGCUCCAGUUUAGCCCCUGGGCUCACUAUCAACUCUCCAGGAGCAACAAAGCCGGUUAACGAGGAGCAGGAUGUUCCCUUCAGGCUGAGCCCCGUUGGAAAAAGUCCGGCAUCUCUGCCUUCCUGUCAAUCAGGCCUGGUGAGCAGCACCGAUGACGAGGAGGAGGUGGAGAUGCAGGUCAGAUUGGAGAUCCACAGCCCUCCGGCGGAUGUGGAUCUGGCAGUGUUCCAGGCCCAAGCUGCAGAAGAAGAGAAGCGUGCAGACGACAGUCUUACAUCUUCCACAACAGCCAUAACAAGACGCUGGGCACCCCCAAAGGGCUUCUGGAGGGUGGCUCGCCCAGAGACUUUGCUCCUAAAUGGCAUGGACCCCCACAGCAUCCCCUCCGCUCUACAUUGUAAGGGCGACACUCAGACAGACCCUCAUCGGGAGCACGGCGGGUCGUGCACCUCGGACGGCGCUUCCUUACAAGGUGGGGGUCUCACAGCUGAGGAGAAACUGAAAGUGCGGCGAAGAGCUCAGGUGAAAUUGAACAGAGGAGGACAAGAGGAGUGCAGUGGACAAGCUGGUCAGGCUGGAGAUGUAACAACUGAUUAUAAAGAUGAAGGCGCCCACGGGGGAUUGGAGGACUCAGUCAUUCUUCAGGAACUUGUGCCCUACUUGAGUUCACUCCUUGUAAUCAACGAUGAACUUCCUCUGAGUCCAAGACACGAGCAAGCCAAGCGGCUCCUGGAGCGAGCACGUCUCAAGGCUCGCUCCAACCAGGUUAAAGGUGACCGCCCCUGCAGAAGAUCCAGUUCUGACCACAGAUCCACUGUUAAAAAGCAGCAAGUGGAAUCUCACAAUCCGGCAUCGGUGCAGAAAUGUAUUCAAGCCAAAGACGAUCUGGCAUGUCAGAGCACGUCUGGUGCCCUCCUUGUCCCUGACCAAAAAGACACUUCCCCUGGAGAUCAGGCAGGUCGAUCCAGGCGGUAUGGCUGCUCACCCACACGGGUACGUUUUGAGGAUGAAUCAGAGAAAGAAGCUGAGUCGCGCUACUUGGACAGAGUGAAACAGCGCGGUAGACCCAAAUCCAAGACUCGGAACAGCAAUACAGACUCUAGCAGUAGUGGUUCAGAGAGGAGCAGGAGCCACAGGAGUGUCUCUAUGCCUCCGUUACAGAAGCAAGACAUGGGUGUGAGUGUUGAUACCACUACAGUCAUUAAAGAAAUUAUUGUGCUGGUGAAGAAAUGUGAGGCGUGUGGUUCUGUCAUGAGGGAACCUCAGCCGGUCUCCUCACUCCCAGAUCCACAGACGACUGAGUCCCAGCAUACUGGAUAUCUUGAAGACACAAAGGGUAAAACGGUUCCUUGCUGGGUGCCUCCCUCCAAACCGGAAGUCAUCGCCCGUCCUAAAGCUCCUCUAACCGUAACAUUUGCAGGAGCUUUUGUUCUUGGGGAGAGUAAAAGCAGCAUCGGUUGGAAAUCUUCAGGGUUUGGGAAGCUGAGGAGAAGGAGCAGGAAAGGAGAAAGUCGACUGGAGUCCGGCGGCCAUGGGCCUUAUGGUCCGUCGUGGGCUCAGAGGCGGAACUCCAAUCCCAGGAAUAGAGUCAACUUGAGCAGAGCUGUUUCCUUCGCUCCAGACAGCCCCGUCACUCUGGAGCCACGCUUGCUGGGGGCCUCUGUUGGAUUGAGAGAAACACCUACUCUGCCUAUAAAGUCAGCUCUCAAGUCAAGCUCAAGGAACCGUUCUGCUGCGGGUCUGAUGACCUCAAAUCAGGGGGGUGAAGUCGGGCAUCAGCAUUCAGUCCUCUUAGACCCACCAGAGAUGAGAACGGAGUUACUUGCAUCUUCACCACAAGGGGCCCUUGCGACGAGCAAUCCAGCACCCUGUAUAAGACCCUCCACGCUCAGGUACUCCCCGGCUCUGCCAGCUGCUGAUGCCUGGGAUGACCCGCUGGAUGGAGUUGUUAGCGCAGACACCGGCCCUGCCUCAGAGUUCCAUCCCGCCAGUCGCAACCUGGCCUUAUCUCGGGCCGAGGAUCUCAGAGCUGAGCUUCUGAGAGCGGAACAUCUGAGAGCUGAGGCCGCAUGGGAGGACACCUCUGAUGGGUCCAGGAAGAUGGAUGGGCGCCCAAAGCUUUUUCUUCGUCGCUUCUUUUCCUCCAUCGGUCUAAACAGCGUUGGGAGGCUUGUAAAAGGGGGCCGCUCCAGCAGCAUGGAGCAACUCAGCAUCCCCACCGCCAGGCCCAACACUUCUUCCCCGAGCCCCACACGCAGACCCCAGCCUGCCACCCGCAUGCAGAGGACGCCCUCGCUGCAGACCCUGCACACGGUGCUGCCAUUGGCCCAACUGCGUAAAGCCUCAUCUGUGCAGAGUUUGGAGAGGAGAACAGAGCGUGCAACCAUUCUGGGUGAGGUGCAGAUUCCUUAUGGGCUGGCACCAAGCCUGGACAUCCCCCAUGGCCAGCUCCAGCGGGCCCUCAGUGUUGAGGACAUUCUGGCUUCUCGAGUGGUCCGACCAGCUGGAAGGGUUUCUCAAGCGUUCCCUGAUGGCUCCCUCCUCCUGGAGCUAAUUAGACCCCCGAACGGUCCUUUUGGUUUCGUCAUCUCGAGGGGCAAGGGUCGACCUGAUACAGGUGUGUAUGUGGAGAAAGUGGGUGACGGUACUGGCGACGUUCCCUAUGUGGGUCUCCUGGGCGUUGGUGAUGAAAUCUUACAGGUGAAUGGGGAAGUGGUGGCAGGACUCAGUCUGGACCAAGUCACCCGACUCAUGACACGGGAAAGUGUUGCAUGCCUUCGGAUCAUGCCGGCCCGAUGCAGCCCACGUUGACUGGGAGGCGUAGAAAUAAAUACUAUGUUGCGUCAAUACUGGACACCCCUCGCUUUUCAGCAACCAUUUUACUGCAGCAAAUAACACUUUCAAGCAGAGCUAUUCAACUGGCGGCAUCCGGCAUGGGCUUGACACCUGACUGGUUCCCGGGUUCAGUUCAAAACUUGGGGACAAACAUUUUUGCAGCAGUACUCCUGUUGUAUAGAGGACCUUGGACCACUGUAAACACAUUGGCAGAUCCUUGCAUUGACAUUUGAACCUUGCUCGCAAACAGUGAACACUGGGGUCCAAACCAGGCGUUCCUCAAGGCACCCCUUUAAGUCCUCUCCUUUUGGGCAGUUACACAUUUUUGUAUUUCUGGAGCUUGUUUACUUCAGAUGCAAUCAGUGGUCUUUUGUUCACCUUCUUCAGUUACAUUAGUAGUGUUCGUUAAAGUUGGUUGGUCCGGAAUAUACAAAAUAAGAGCAACAGUAAAGGAAGAGUUCCUGUGUUCCCUAAAACAAUUGAGUUCAACAGCCCUUCUUCAAAAGAUACUUUCAUGCACAGCUCGUAUACGGCAUAGAUCAGGGGUGUCCAAACUUUUUGAUUUGGGGUCCGGAUUGGGCUAAAAUAGUUUGGCCGGGGGCCGAAAGCCGACCACAUGAAAAGUAACAAUAUAUUGAUUUAAUGGAUCCUAUAAUUAAUAAUUAAUGUAAUUGUAUAUUAAGAGAAAGUGAAAGUCAGAGUCCCUUGUUUACUUCCGUGACGAUCUCCUUAAAGUUUUGUAAUCAAUCAGAAAAAUCAAGCCGCUAAAAUGCGCCAAACGUGGAUAAGUGUGGCGUGUGUUUUGCAUUUUUCCCAUCAUGCAUUGCAGGAGAUUUCAAUAAUUUCAAUUAUGUGUUGUGUUUGGACAUUUUUUAUAUAAUAUCCAUAACGUUGAGUGAGCAGGUUGUGUCAUGUGUGUUGACUUUGUGUGUUCAUUUGUGCCAUGAGUCUGAAAGGUUUGUAUUGGGUCGUAUAUAAAAAUCCUGUGCUGUGCUCACCUUAAUGUACAAUUCAUUGUCAUUAACCCAAAUAACUCAUAAUAUCCGCAAGAUGACAACACAAUUGUAGCAAUUAUGCUAUCAGAUACUUUAAAUUAAGUUAAAGACACCAGAUUCUUUUUAAACUUGUGACGCCCCUCAGGCCUAGAAUAUUUGGCCCACAGGCCGUGGUUUGAACACCCCUGGUAUAAAUUAACUGCUCUGAAAAUAAGUCAACAGAUUUAGUGCACACAAUGGCAACACAAGGGAAUAUAGACGUCACAUGACUAAAUUGUCAAGGUGUAAAUAUUUGACCAUUAUUAUCCAGCCCUGCCUUAAUCCUCAUGUGCAUGAAUUAAAUCCAGCAGACAUUCAGAGGUUCUUACUGGAAUCUUCUACCUUCCUUCUGCACUAUUUUUUAAAUGUUGUCCAUUAUCCACAACCCUUAUGUGAGACAAUGACACACGUGUUUAUGCCUUUUCUGUGCAUUAUAAAUAGUAAACAAAAACCUGCUAGAGGGCUAGCAAGGCAGAUACUGGGGAUGCAUUUCAUUUGUCUAUAAAACCUCUAAAAAACAUCCAACAGCAGUUUAUAUACAUGCUGUUAGUCUGUUUGUAAAUGUAAUAUUUCCAAUAAGAACAUAAAACAGUGGCUUACAUGUGGGCUCUCGACUGAUGGUUGUAUCUUUCAGCACUUGUGCUCUCGUCGAGCUGCUAAAUUCAGUAUAAUCCUCACUAAGAUUUUUUAAAAAAAAAGCUUCCUAGCAUUGUUGCGAUGGUCUUAUGUCGAGUUGGGAGCCAUACAGUAUCAAGUUGGUAGUGUGUGGAUUUUCAAGAUUGACCAACUUGCUGUCUUGGUGCCACAACCUUCUACCAUAUGUGACAUACAUGAUUAUUAUUAUUAUCUAGCAUGAACUUGUACUAACAGAAGGUCACGCUUCUUUACGUUAUGGCCGGCAGCAACCAAGGUUAGUAGCUGCUCCAGCUAGCUCGUAGCUGCUUGUCGGAGGAGCAGUGUGAGCAAGACAAUGUGUCUCGACGCCAGAAAAGUAGUUCCUCUGUGUUAGCUCUUACAAUAACAAUGUCACUACAGCUUGGUUAUUAUGCAGAUUAGCCUUGUUGGCGGGUUUAUGUUUUUUAAAAGUGCUUUAUAGGCAGAAUUGAUUAAUCCCAUUUAUCUUCUCGCUAGUGGUUUUUCACUAAUCACACUAAAAAAUGUUGGGUUAAAAAAUAACCCAAUUUUAACCCAACUGCUGGUUCAAAAUAGGACGAGCCCCUUACUUGAUUUAUUUUAACUCAACAUUUUGGGUUCAUUUUUUCAACCCAACUUUUGUGUUGAAUUAUUUAACCCAAAAGUUGAGUUAUGUUAACUCAAUGUUGGAUGAUUCAUAACCCAACUAUUGGGUUUUAAAUUCAUUUAACACAAAAGCUGAGUUAUGCUCACUACAAUGUUGGGUUAAAAAAUAACCCAAUUUUAACCCAACUUCUGGUUCAAAAUAGGACGAGCCCCUUACUUGAUUUAUUUUAACUCAACAUUUUGGGUUCAUUUUUUCAACCCAACUUUUGCGUUUGAUUAUUUAACCCAAAAGUUGAGUUAUGUUAACUCAAUGUUGGUUGAUUCAUAACCCAACUAUUGGGUUUUAAGUUUAUUUAACACAAAAGCUGAGUUAUGCUCACUACAAUGUUGGGUUAUUCCCAAUCCAACUAUUGGGUUGCGCCAAUAGUUGACCCAAUAGUUGGUUAAAAAUGAUAAAUGUUACUCCCAACUACUGAGCUAAUUUAUUUUUAUACCAUUAAAAUAUACUCAAAAGCAAGAUAUGAGUGAAUUGCCGUGUAUGGUCAUAGUAGUUCUAUACAACAUGCUCAUAUAUGUUCAUAUACAUAAGAUGUGUGAUUGUAAAUAAUGUUAAUGAGAUUAAUCCUUAAUAAAAUUCCCUUCAAGAAUAAAUGUACUUUUUAAUUAAAAAAAGCAGUUCACCCAAAAAUGCGUUACUCAUUGAAAAACAACACAGAAAUGAUUCAUAAUUUUGAAAACCCAGAAAUUGAGUUAAAAUAAUACCCUUGUAACCCAAAAAAUGGAUUGCGCUUCAUAAAAAGAUCUCCAAAAUUGAACCCAACACUCGCAACUCAUAAAUUGGGUUAUCAAAAUAACCCAGCAUGUUUUAGUGUGUAGGACGCACAAAGGGAAGGACACAAGUGUGUUCUUGUCUCACAUAAACAUUGUCAACCAUGCACACAAUUCCCCCAAAAAUGCACAGAUGCUCAAUUGGGUCCAGGUCUGGAUUCAUACAGAUUUUGGAGGCGUGCUUGGGCUCUUUGUUGUUGAGGGCCACAACCACUUGGGGGCACCAAUUGGGGCGGUCUCUGACUAAGGAUCUUCAUUGUCCAAUCUGAUAGGAAAGAUGACUGAUUGUUUGUUUGUUAAGCCCAGCUAAUGGGGUCCCUGUAAAUAAACAUCCUAUUUGUGACUUAGUCCACCUCAAAGAAAAAGGCCAAACAAAUAGUUUGUUUGGCUACGGAAGGAGGAAGGGGUUAAAUGUUCCAUAAUUCAACUGCUUAUUGUCAAAUCGAGGGCCACAAAAAGCCUACGCUGGUAUUGCUCCUUAUUAUGUUAGACAAUUGUCACGCGGCCCAUUUUGUCAAUGCACCGCAGCUCCCUUUUGCCGGUAGAACUCGUGCAGCCCGGACCAUGAUGCUAUACCACCACCAUGAUUGACUGGUGGUGUGGAAGUUUUGUUCAGGAAAUAGUACAGCUGUACACUGACUACUCUAAAGUACAUCCAAGUUAUAUUUCAGUCAUAUUGUCCGCUGAGAACAUUGCUGAAAUACGAGGGUGGACUCACAAAGUCCAAGGACCAUAUCCCUGAAGGAACAAGAGGAUGGACUCACAAAGUCCAAGGACAAUAUCCCUUGAGGAACACAAGGGUUGACUCACACAGUCCAAGGACCAUAUCCCUUAAGCAACACAAGGGUGGACUCACACAGUCCAAGGACCAUAUCCCUUAAGGAACACAAGGGUUGACUCACACAGUCCAAGGACCAUAUCCCUGAAAGAACACAGGGGUGUACUCACAAAGUCCAAGGACCAUAUCCUUGAAGGAACACGAGGGUGGACUCACACAGUCCAAGGACCAUAUCCCUGAAGGAACAUGAGGGUGGACUCACACAGUCCAAGGACCAUAUUCCUGAAGGAACACGAGGGUGGACUCACAAAGUCCAAGGACCAUAUCCCUGAAGGAACAUGAGGGUGGACUCACAAAGUCCAAGGACCAUGUCCCAGAGGGAACACGAGGGUGGACUCACACAGUCCAAGGACCAUAUCCCUGAAGGAACAUGAGGGUGGACUCACAAAGUCCAAGGACCAUAUCCCUGUAGGAACACAGGACAACAGACUAUGUAGAUUUAAUAACUCAAAUGCAGCAGGUUUAUUUUUGUAACGUUUUCAUGAUCAGAAUGACGUAGGUUCUAAUGAUUCUGGAUGACAUCUAAAUGCGUUAUUUUUGCAUAGCCUCGUCCCUUUACAAAAUGUUGUAUGAACAUAUUUGUCAUGACUGUGAAAAAAACAACAACCUACUUUAUUUUGGUCCUCAUUAAUUCAAAUGUAUGCUAAAUAUUGUAGACCCCCAAAACAACAUUUAUGUUCAAAUGUAAGCUAAAUAGGGUUCAACUAUUUAUUUACACCGUUAGAUCUUCCUAACUGUUCACAAACAUGCUAUCAAUCAAUAAAAACAAGUGUAUUUGACAAGUUAUUUCCACAUAUCUAUUAUGGGAAAUGUUGGCCUCAUGACAACUGCAUGGCAAAGGUAAAAUAUAAAACUAUUCAUAAUUAAUAUCAAACAAUGUGUACACCCCUAAUUGUUUUUGUCACGGGUGCCUAAGUAAAUAUAUUUUUGUCAAAUAGUACAUUUGCUGUUUUAAUUGCAUAAAUGGCAUACAAGAGAUGUGACGUCACAAUCAUAUAUUUGGUUGUUAUUAUAAAGUGAUGUGCGUCUCUGUAGAAUGAA